CUCUUGACACGGGCACCAGUCAACUAUCUGUUUUUGACAGCUGAAGUCAGGACACUGAGGUGCGGUCAGUACAAAGAAGGGGGUUCAGUAUUAGCCUGCACUCUUCCUACGACCGUUGUGUGAUCCAGACGACUUCUGGCACUGCCAUUUGAGACUUAAAUAGUUUCCUGGGAUUUUCAUCAGCAGGUUCAGAGGGGUCUAUCACCAUGUUGGUCAGCAGGAGGUGGGUGACGGUGCUGCUGCUGGUGCUGCCCCUGUGUGCUGGGGACGACCUACCCUCUUCCCGGGCUAUUCCCUGUCCGCCAGAGGCCGACAUUGCCCCUUGCGUCUGUUCCUUAAUGAACAGUGUGGACAUGUACAUGGACUGCUCAGAUGUCAGCAGUUCAGAUGAGCUAAAAGAAAUCUUUAGUAUAAAUUUCCCAUUCACUAACUUUAUCCGUCUGGACAUCAAUGGGAAUAACGGAAUCACAGAACUGAGGGCCGGAGACUUGGGUCCGACCACCUACCAGCAGAUCCGCAUCACCGAUGGAGCGCUACAGACCAUCGACGAGAAAGCUCUCGCUAAUAGCUACUCGACCCUCACCUUACUAGAUCUUCAUAACAAUGACAUCACCUCAUUUCCAUUCGAUGAAAUUGAUUCCUUCACUAAACUACAAAACUUAAACGUGUACAGCAACAACCUGUUGAUCUUCCCUGACUUAAAAUCGUCCUCCUUGAUGUACGUAAACUUCGGACAUAACCCACUGGGAGAAAUCAAAGCGACGGCUCUGCAGGAACUCCCGAACCUGAGAGAGAUUGACUUGCAGAGCUGCGAUCUACCAGAAGUCCCUGCAGGAACGUUCACCGGGAUUAAUACUCUUCAGAGAAUUUACCUGGACAACAACACCCUGAGUGUUCUGCCGGCGGGGGUCAUCUCUCUCAGCACCUCCAGUAGCUCCGUCCACCUCUCAGACAACUCUAUACGCAACAUCGAAACUGGUGCUCUUCAAGGUGUGACUGGCGACGUCUGGCUUCAGAGCAACGAACUGACGGAGCUGGCGGAGGAGGUGUGGCGGUCGCUGUUCGAUGCCAACCUCAUACUGUACGCAGCCGAUAACCCCCUCACCUGUGACUGUAGCAUCGCCUGGCUGGUGCUGGAGGCCAAGUACCUGACUCGCCUGGGAGACGAUGUCUCCUGUGCUGACGGGGAGCUGGUCAAGGAGCUGAACCCCGCCAUCUACAUCACCAUGUGUUCCUAAUGUACCUCUGGUCAUUACCAACACUCCUCUCCACCGGUCGGCUCCUCCAUCUAUUUAGAGUAUUUAUUUUGCAUUUCUCGAAGAGAGGCGCUCUCUAAGAUAAGCGCAGGUAUCAUUAAAUAUUCACUGCCUCA